UUACCGGGAAAAAGAAUGCAUUUAAUCAUAAUUUAGAAGAGGAAAUAGAUAGAUACGGUGUUGAAACUUGAAUGAAGUGGUGAUGGCAGUUGCAGCAGCCGUAUACGGCGGCUCCUCGCCGUCACCACCCAGAAUAGCCGCCCAAAUCAAACCCAACUCCACACCUCCGCCACCGGUAUUCAUAUCCACAAACCCAGCCCACGUGAACCAGCAUCACCUUAGAGACCUCUACGCCAUAUGCAACCAUUCCUGCCACCGCUUCCCCACCAUCGACGCCGCCGGCAGAGUGGAGCCUGUUGACGCGCUCAAGCUCCGUGAAGCCCUUUCCCACAGCCCCGUCGUCGUUUCUGCCUUCACCAAGCCAGAAUUUCUAACGACCCAAUCUUCUGCUUCGCCGGAAGUGACGACUUUCACCGGCAUUGGUGGAGAUUGGAUAAGAAAAGUGGCCCCUGUGACGCCGGAAAAUGGAAGGCUGAUAGGGUUCGGCCGUGCAGUUUCUGAUUUGGGAUUGACGGCUUCUAUCUAUGAUGUCAUGUUCUUGCAGGUUCAUCCUGCUUUACGAGGUAGGGGGAUUGGUCGGAUGAUAGUUCAAAGAAUCAUAAGAACACUUACUAACAGAGGCAUAUAUGACAUAGCUGCACUUUGUACUGAUAACCAAAGGCACUUUUUUAGAGCUUGUGGAUUUGGCGAUGAUAUGCUAGGAUCCAUAACAAUGAUGUAUACACGUUCGUCCUCUGGCUAUUCCGAGGAUGAGCAAACGAUAUCUGCUGGUAGAAAGCAACUGUUAGUUCCCCCUCUAAGAGAACUCGGGAAAUAGUAAUCUUCAUAUAAAUGGUUCCCACUACAAUUCUUGCUGUUUAUGUUUGGCCUUGAUUUGCGACAUAUUAUAAUGGAUGACUGUAGUGCAAAACUAUGUAUAGAAUCUCAACUUUGUGACCAGGUUACAAGUAAAAUAUUGAAAGAUCUCACUUUAUGCAUAAUUUUGGGAUAA